CAAUCCUAGACUUCUUCACUCGAAUAUUUAUUACUUUCCCUGAGUACUCAAUUACAACCACAAACUUAUAUUCUUACUUACAUAUAUUCUUCAUGGGAACUGUAGUAGCACCCCAAACCCAAACUGUGUGUGUCACAGGAGCGGCUGGUUACAUUGGGUCCUGGUUGGUCAUGAAGCUCUUGGAGCGCGACUAUGUGGUUCGAGCCACUGUCCGAGACCCCGAAAACAUGAAGAAAGUGAAGCAUUUGCUGGAUUUGCCCAAGGCAAAGACUAAUUUGACUCUGUGGAGAGCUGACCUUGCUGUGGAUGGGAGCUUUGAUGAAGCCAUCCAAGGGUGUAAUGGGGUUUUCCAUGUUGCCACCCCAAUGGAUUUUGAAUCCAAGGACCCUGAGAAUGAAGUGAUUAAGCCAACCAUUGAUGGAGUUAUCAGCAUAAUGAAAGCAUGUGUUAAGGCCAAAACGGUGCGCAGGCUUGUCUUCACAUCCUCCGCUGGAACAGUCAAUGUGGAAGAGAAACAAAGACCAGUCUAUGACGAAAAUUGCUGGAGCGAUUUGGAAUUCGUCCGCGCCAUAAAAAUGACUGGAUGGAUGUACUUUGUGUCGAAGACGCUGGCUGAACAAGCAGCAUGGAAAUUUGCCGAGGAGAACAAGUUGGAUUUCAUCAGUAUUAUACCAACUCUUGUAGUUGGUCCAUUCAUCAUGCCAUCAAUGCCUCCAAGCCUUAUCACUGCUCUUUCUCUACUCACAGGCAAUGAAGCUCACUAUUCAAUUAUAAAGCAAGGACAGUUUGUGCACUUGGAUGAUCUGUGUGAGAGUCACAUCUACCUGUUUGAGCAUCCACAGGCCAAGGGUCGCUACAUUUGCUCCUCGCAUGAGGCUACCAUUGUCGAGCUUGCAAAACUCCUCAGUGAAAAAUACCCAGAAUACAACAUCCCUAAAAAAUUCAAAGAUGUUGAUGAGAACUUGAAGAGGAUCGUCUUUUCGUCGAAGAAGCUCACGGACGCAGGAUUUCAGUUCAAGUACAGCUUGGAGGAUAUGUUUGUGGAAGCCAUUGAAACAUGCCAAGCUAAGGGAUUGCUUCCUUCUCCAUAGAAGCUUCCUGUCUCCUAUGGAAUUGGCUAGUUUGAUGAAGUAUAUUGUAUGUGUUUUGUGGGGUUUGUUGUGUUUCAAUUUAUUUUGUCAAAAUAAAAAGUUGGGUUGGAGAGUUGUAGUAUGUAAUGAAUUAUGUUUGUAUUAGUUUGGAGUCUCUCGUUAGAGGGAAGUCACGACAUAUUAGGGUUGUCUAAAAUUACCGAUUAUAAUCAAAUUGAACGAUAACCGAAUCAA